CGCGCGCCACUCCACACCGGGAGCAGCGCGUGAGGAUGAUGCCAGCCAGGGAUAGAUAGAUGGAUUGGCGAGGGAGGGGGAAAAAACCUGCACAGUGACACAACAAGAGUAAAGAGGAGGCGGUUGAUGAGUGAGAGUAAAACUGAGAGAGUUGCGGAACAAAGGACAAAUAAAGAGCAGAGGGGAGCAGGAAAUAUCCGGAAACUCGCCGCUGGCUGGUUCUUUUCUGCCCGCACCGAUGUCCGAGGCCCGCCCGGUGCCAGCUGAAGACAGUCGACCGAGGCAGAGCGCACAGGAGCGGCCACUGGAGUGCAAAGCUUCCGCUUCCUCUAUAUGACUGAGACUCUAUGCAAGGACGUUGCAGCUCAUAAUUAUUACAAGUGGAAGCGGCUGUGUCCUGCGAUAGGCCGGUGACCUGUUUUGCUGUCUAGUGAUGGAUUCCCCCACAGAUCUUUUCGAGGACUCUGCUCCCCAGAUUCACGCGUUUGCUCCCAAUCACAACUCCACAGAUCUCCCUGCUCAGCCCAGUGCAGGUCGCCCUCCUCCUGCCUUUAGAUCCCCUGGCUUCCCCCUCAUCCACCACCUCCUCCAGCCAGGUGGAGCCCCCAGGAGGAUUGGAGGGCAACUCAACACAAACUUGAGCACACACAGACACCAGGAAGAUAGAAAUGUGGAGGAGGACAGAGGAGAGAGGGAUGGAGAAGUGGAGCAAGUGAUGGAUGGAGGAGAGGAAGGAGCAAUGGAGGGAGAGGACAGUUUGCUGGGGGUUAAGAAGAGGCACAACGACGCCGCCCUCGCGGCAGAGUGGAGUCAGGACGUCUUGAAAGUGAAGAGGAUGAAGCUGGAGAACCGACCAAGAGAUGGAGAGGCAGAGGAGGGAGGCAGGAGGCGCGAGGGAGGGAGGGAGGGGAAGAGAAGAGAGAGGGAGGAGCUGAAGGAACAGCUGGAGGAGGCAAGAGAGAGACUGCAGGCCCUGCAGGAGAAAGUAUGGAGAGCUUUUGGGGAAAAGCACAUGGCAGAGGAGGAGAAGAAAAGGAGGUGCAGAAACCGAGGAGAAGAUGCUGGGAUGAUGGAGGAGGAGGACAUUACUGAAGGUAUGUAUGAUGAGGAGGACAUUGAUGGUGGCGAGAUGGAAAAGGAAACUUUCUCCCUUCUUUCUGUUUCACCUUUUGACAACUUCCACAAACAGAGAGAGGAGAGGCAAAAAGACGGCGAAAGGAGGAUAGAGAGAGGAAGAGGGUUGCACUUGGAGGACGUGAUGGAGGGAGCGGGGUUGUGGUUGGAUUGUGGAGGGCUGGUCAGAGGAGACUGGCAUGGAGGGAUGGAAGACGAGGGCGAGGAGGGAGGGCAGAAGUUUGCUCAGGCGCUGAAGGUGGAGUUGGGCAGCGCCGUGGCUCGAGUCAUCGACAGAGUUCUCCGCCUUUACACCGAGAUGACAGAUGUCACUCCUUCCUCUCCUCCUGCCGCCAUCUCUUUCCUCCCGUCCGACACAGGAAACGAUGGCGGGAGGGAGAGGGGAGUUUGGAUGGGACUAUUAACGAGAGGAAUAGGGGAGGAAAAAAUGAGAGGUAAGGAGGAAAAGGCGGGAAGGCAGGAUGGAGGAAGAGAGAAGCAGCUCCAAAAAAGGAGCAACGGGAGCGCCCUGCAUCCAGGACAGCCUCAUCGCACUGACCCGUCAGAUCUGACGAUGCCAUUGGCUGUUCAAAGGUCACCUGACAUGCGAAAAGCCCACCCACUCCUCGGCCCACCUCUCUCUACUCACCAUCCGAACCUCUCCCUUCAUCACCCUUCUCUAUCUCGCCCUCCUCCUCUUUCUCAUCCUCCCCUCAUGCCUCCAGCUUCACAACCCAAGGACCUCUCCUCCUCCUUUCACCCAUCUUCCUCCUCCUCUUCUUCUUCCUCAUCUUCCUUUCCCGCGCCUCCCCCUCCUCCUCCUCCUCCUCCUCCUCCUCCCCCUCUCCCACUCCCGCUUCUCCACUACUCCAUGCAGCAGCUUUUCUCUCGCUCUCUUCACCACCCACAGCUCCCCCACCUGCCCCCGUCCCGCAAGGACUAUAUGAACUCCGACCCUUUCUUGGAGUUCUCUUCUCACCCCUCGUCUCACCCCUCUUUCCCGCCGCUCCCCAUGCUCGGUCACCUGGACCCCUCCCUGCACCGCCACGCUCACGGAGGCAGAGAGAGAGGGAUGAGGGGAGACGGGGGGUUGAGAGGAGGAGGGAUGGACGGAGGAGACCUCUACCUGACUGCUGGGGGAACCCAGGAGGGCUUGUCUCCCUGCCAUCUGAAGAAAGCUAAGCUCAUGUUCUUCUACGCACGCUACCCCAGCUCCAACACACUCAAGACUUACUUCCCUGAUGUCAAGUUUAACCGCUGCGUGACCUCCCAGAUGAUUAAAUGGUUCAGUAACUUCAGAGAGUUCUUCUACAUCCAGAUGGAGCGCUUUGCACGACAGGCUGUCCGCGAGGCUCUCACCCGGGAUGGUGCACCUCGUCUGAGCAGGGAGAGUCAGCUGCGUGUGGGCCGUGAUACAGAGCUUUACCGCAUACUGAACAUGCACUACAAUAAGAGUAACGUCUAUCAGGUCCCCGAGAGGUUUAUCGAGAUAUCAGAAGUGGCUCUGAGGGAGUUUUAUUCAGCCAUUUGGACCGGCAGGGACAGCGACCCCUGCUGGAAGAAAGGGAUAUAUAAAGUUAUCUGCAAGCUUGACAGUCCUGUACCAGAUGCUUUCAGACUGCCUGGUUGUCCCGUUGGCUGAUGAUCGAAACCACUUUCAUCUGGUACAUGUAUACAAACGCAUGCAUAAAACACAAACUGACGGAAAGAAGGGAAUUUAAAGUAUUCUCAAACUGUACAAUCCCAUACUGUGAGAACUGCUUAUCAAUUCUACUAUUAGGUUCAUUCAGAAUUAAAUCAUUUUGAGGGGAAAAAGAUAAAACGAUAAAAGUAUUUUGUUAAGGGACAGACACACUCAGUGCUGUGAUAAGAGUUAAAAGAGGACAGAAGAGUUUCCAAACAUCUUCACCAGUCAGCGGACUUGUGAAAUCCCAGUGCUGCUACACAGUUGUGAAAAUAAGAGUUUCUGCAGCUACAGAGCUGGAAAAGAUGGAGAAAUAUGUAUACUUGCUGUGAAUGAGACAUGUGUGGGCAUCAUGCCCUGGCUACAUCAUUCCUUUACUUGAAAAUAAAACAUGCAUUCCCUGGCAGUUCUUUGCAAAUGAUUGCAAUUCACAACAAAUGUCGCGCUAUGCAUCUCCUCAGUAAUCAAACGUACUGCUGACAACUGUUUACCAAGCUGCACAAAUACAUGUUUCAGAUACUUUCAGACAAAGAGACCACAACCUGAGCACAUACCUCUCAGAUUAGGGGCCUCAUUCUCCUCAUCAUCACUUUCACAGAGAGCAUCCUGAUAAACAGGGAUAUUGCUGUGUAACGAUAAACAACCUUUUUGUUCUUUUACUCCAGAAACAUGAGGACCAAUCAUAAUUACUGUUACAUAAUAUAUUGGAACUGUUUGGUUAAAUGUACCAUUUUAAAACAUGACCCUGUGGUUUCAGUCAGUGGAUUUACUUUUGCUUGUAAAUCCAUCUCUUUGUUCUAUAUUGAAUUAUUCUUUAGCUUUUGUACAUGAUGGCACAAUGUAAUCAAAAUGUAAUUAAAAUUCUGCCAAGAGGGAUAAUAUAUUGAAUUUAAAAUAAUCAAAUUAAUGUUUUGUUGUUACCUUGAUGUUCUCUAUUUGUUGAAAUAUGUUUUGUAUUUCUUUAACGUGAUGCUAAACUACCGGCUGCACAGUUAGUGCGUAUGGACAAAUGUUUCCCAAAGGUGUUGUGGAAACUUUCACUAUCUACUGUAUGUCAUCUUUUAUCCAGAGCUAACGUGGGCUGCAGAUAAAUGCCUCCUCUGGCUUCAUCUCAACUCUGAGAGCGAUGAGCCCGUGUGUAACUCUUUGUGACGUGUUUCAGUGCAUGUUUCCUAUAAUUGCAUUACAUUUUGUAUGGUGAGCUCCUCUGUUUCUCUCAUUGCUUUAGUCGGUCUCUCUUUUAUAUUGUACAUAUUGUAUCCUUUAGAUCUCGUUCGGACUUUGGUGAAUUUUUUGGUGUUUUAAACUUAUCAGUGAAUUAAAGUGAUACCAGGCC